AUGAUGAGCAUGGAAAAGAGGAUAAUUGGUGGCUCAGAAACGGAUCUAGCCCACUAUCCUUAUAAUGUACAGUUUUAUAAUCUCGGCGGACUCUGCGGCGGUUCGAUACUCACUAAGAAAAUAGUGCUAACAGCCGCUCAUUGCUUUGAUUCAAACCAAAAUUUGGCUGAGAUGAAAAUAUUUUCAAAACCGCGUUACCUGUUCGAUCUCCAAGCAAACUCUCAUGAUGUAUGGGAUUUUCGUAUUCAUGAGGACUAUGGAAAGGCAUCUGUUUUCGAUAACGACAUUGCCAUAAUUAUAAUUCACAACGAGUUCGUCUUCGGUAAACAAGUUCGUACUAUUAAAAUAAUUAAUAACCUGCAUUGGUUAAAAGAAAACGAAACAUUCACUGUCACUGGAUGGGGAGAAACUAAGUAUGGAGAAGGCAUUGAUAAAUCGGUUUUUAGACAGGUUAAACUACGUUAUAUUAGUAAACAGAUGUGUAUGAAAAUGAACAGAAUUACUUUGGACCCAGAGAUGUUUUGUCUUUAUGGGGAUGGAAAGAGAGAUUCCUGUAGAGGCACAAGGAACGUGUUAAAUGAAGUAGAAGGUAGAAUUGUUGGCGGUCAUCCCAUACCAAUAGAAAACGCGCCAUUCUCAGUGCUCUUUUAUAAUUACCAGUCUAUCUGUUCCGGUGUCAUCAUAAAUAGUUUUAUAGUACUGACGGCAGCUCACUGCUUUAAUUCAAAUACUAAAAAACAUCGCAUGCGUAUUGAAAUAAAUUGUCGUUAUUUGUUUGAUAUCGACGCUGAAACAUUUCAAGUGGCCGAUUUUAUUAUACACAAAGAUUUUAAUAAAGUUAUACCUUUUGAAGCCGACCUUGCUUUGAUUAUGGUUACAGAGAAAAUGCUUCUGAAUAGACGAAAGCAGAAAGCGUUAUUAAUGAAAAAUGAUAACUGGAUGAACAAGAAGGCUAACGUCAGCGCUUCUGGUUGGGGUUGGACCAAGUACGGCGGCGGAGUAUCCGAGCUUGGUUUAAUGCGGACGUAUUUGGGGUACGUGUCUAGACGGCGUUGCGAGAUUCAGCAUAGUCUGCGGCUCACAGAGGACAUGUUCUGUUUGUACGGGAAUGGGGUGAGGGAUACUUGUCUGGGAGACUCCGGGGGAGGAGUUACUGUUAAUGGAACGGUGGUUGGCAUCGUGUCUCACGGAGAUGGUUGUGCAAAGAAAGGUAAACCGAGCGUGUACAUUAGUCACGCUACGGAGCUACGGUGCGUCAGUCACGCGAUCGUAGCCGACCUCUACGGCUGGGUCUACGUCAGUGCUACGAGCUCCGGCUACGUAAUGUGGUGUUUCCUACUUCUAACCUUCUUCGUUGCUGUCCAAGGGCGCGCGGUGAACAUCAGCAACACAUGGGUCCUGCCAGAGGAAGGUUUCCCGGUGUUCUACCGUUACUUCAGGGACCGUAUCUCCUGGUAUGAGGCGGACGCUGUCUGCCAGUUCCAUCAUGCCAACCUCGUCACUGUGGAUACGACUGCUCAAUACGACGCUGUCAGAGCAUAUCUUAAAGAGCUUGACAUAUCCAGUGCUGUAUGGGUUGGACUGAUCCGAAGCAACCCAGAUGGUGAUUUUACUUGGACGGACUACCGAGGUUUAAGUGGUGAUGGAUACUGGAGUGCUGCACCUGAUACUCGUUCUGCUCCUCUGUGUGCCGCUGCCGAUCCUGCUGCUGACUAUCGUUGGGGGGCACGAGCUUGUGGUGGACCCUCUGUUGCAUCUUUCAUUUGUGAACUACCUGUACCGCAAUGGGCACUUGGUAAUGAAGGCUGCAUGGUACGAGCAUUGCCAGCACUUACUAUUCUUUAUUUACCUGAGAGCGCCGCGGUACAACUAACUGCGGAUUGCGGUUUGGCUGGAGUUAAACGGGUUCAAUGCACUGGAAACGUGAAACGGGAGGAAUUGCUUAAAGAGCUAGCAUGUACUGAGGAAGAUCAAACAACUCAAACUUCAAAUGGAACGUCUCCAAUUACAUCGUGGCAAAUGACCACAGAUUCGGUAUUUAACAAUCAAUAUUUUAACAAUGAAGCUACUGCCACGGAAGAAAAUAUUACAACGGAACACGAAGAUGACAUAAAUCAAUCAAGUCCUGUUAAAGUAAUAUCUACCUCGUUUAGCAUCAUUCCUGAUAUUUCUAAUAAAGUUUCCUUAAAACCUUCUGUCACAGAAAAAAUGUUCAAAACACCUUUGCAGAAACAUAUUGAUAUAAUAAGUAACAAUUAUAUUCAACAAAACGAAACACCGAAAUUAGUUCACAAUGAAGACUUGUUUACUAAUGAGCAAAAUAAUCAACAAGGAAAUGAUGAACUGUUACAAUAUACAAAAUUACAUAAUGAACUUGCACGGCUCGGUAAUUCAGAUACUGUAUUUAGUCAACCUACUGACCAUUUCGUUCCGCCUUUGGUUAUGGCUAAAGCAAAAAUAAGCGAUGAUUUGACAGCCUUAUCUAUUAAAGAGAAAUUAGCUCAACAUCUUUCUGAACAACAAUUAAAACAUGAGAUUCAACAAGAGUUCACGGCUACUGCUAAUAGUUUUAACAAAGAGCUAUACAGAACUGAAGCUAUUAACAAUCCAUCAACUACAUCUCUUCCCUUAAUUAACAUCAGUACGUCUUCUAAAGUAAAUAAAAAUAAAGACACUGAAAAUGAGAAUAUUUCACUCAAAAAGAACAAAAACAAAUACAUAGAAAUUAAGCAAAAAAGUUAUAAAAAUGAAGGAACAAAAGCUUUGAACACUAUGGCGUCUGUUGAAACAACUCCCACUUUGUCACAAUUGAACAUAGAAAAUAAUGUAAUUACUAGUACCGUGGGUUCUGUCACAGAACAUAUCCAAAGAUAUUCAACAAAACCACAAUCGAUAGAAGAAACAUCUCUGGAACUUACAGUAAUAUUAAGGGAACCAAAUGAAAAUUCAACCUAUAAGGAUGCAGUUGUUUCUACGAAUAGCCCUCUUCUUUUAAAUAUUCCAAUAAAACAAAAUACUAUGGCAGAUAAUGAAACUGAAAUACCAACCACGUUGUCACAUCUGUUUCCAUUAUCCACGCAAGAAGAUAACCUCAAUGAAGAUAAAUUUAAAGAUAUGAAUGUUUCUAAUGAUGAACAUAAAGAUACGGACAAUUUUUUUUAUGUGACAACUAAAAGUCUUUCUUACAAUGAUAGUGUCCAAAAGAAGGCUAUUGACGAAAGCAAAGAUUUAACGAUGACAAACCAUCUGCCAGUAUUAUCUCUUAUUAAAACGUAUAACAAUAGUGCUACUAAUAUAAACCUGACAUCAGAAAACAGUACAAUCGAUGCAUCUGUUACAAUCGAAGUGAUUGAGGAUGCAAUAGCUACAAAUAAAUCUGUUGAACCGGAGACUGAAUUGAAAAUUAAUGACACAAGAAAUAAGUUAUUUAACAAUUCCGAAAACUUCGAGCCAUUUAACGUUACAGUAAAAGAAGGAUUUGACAGCAUUAUAGACUCCGAUUUUGAUUUAGACAAGAACGUGACUUCAGAUAGAGAUGAUUUUCAAUCUCCUCUCUUGUCUGCUGCUAACGACCCGCUUCCAAAACCAAAUAGAUCCAGGCGAAUUCAACAACAAACACGAAAUAAGUUUAAUCCAUUUCGUAUUUUAGGCUAA